GGGUGUUUAUUGGUGUCCGGCCUGUUGCUCCCAGCGGCCGGCUGAUCGAGGCUCCUGUGAAUUACGUUCUGCACUUUAGAGCUAACGAGCUAACUGUUAGCUAGCCGCCUUCUUACAGACUCAGUGACAGGCUAGCCUGAACUAAGUUCACCUGGACCUGUGUCAACAGCAGAGUACCCGGAUGACAAGCUGGUGGCACCUUGACUGACAGCUCAGAUCAUCACCCUCUCUGAUCUAGAAUGUGACUACAUCAACGCCAGAGCCUGCUGCUCCAAACUGAACAAAUGGGUCAUUCCAGAGAUGGUUGGCCAGUGUCUUUCCACCAUGCUGAUGUUGGUCUCCAUGCACUGGUUCGUCUUCCUGCUCAACCUGCCGGUAGCAGCCUGGAACAUUUAUAGGUACGUGAAGGUUCCCAUGGGAAACAUGGGUGUGUUCGACCCCACUGAGAUCCACAACCGGGGGCAGCUCAAGUCCCACAUGAAGGAGGCCAUGAUCAAACUGGGUUACCACCUGCUCUGCUUCUUCAUCUACUUGUAUAGCAUGAUCCUGGCUCUGAUCAACGACUGAAGCACCCAGCAGGGGGCCAAAAUCCAAACUCCAGGCUCUGCUGCCUCCCCCUCACCCCCCUCCCUCCACAUCCUGCUCCUGUACUGUAUCCAUAAAGUCUUUCAGAGCAGCUCAGAGAAGUUUUUACUGGUUUACUGAGCUUUGAUUUGUGAUGUCAGACCUGAUUUAAUAAAACGCAACGGUUAAUAUUUAAAAAUAAACACUUAAAAACAAAAUCUCCUACAACUAGAGACUGUCUUGCGAUGGGAUCACACCAGCCUGACGCCAAAUCGAGACAACAGGCCUGUUGAACAAACUUACAUCGAGUUGCUUUCACAUGUUUGGUCACUGACUGAUGACACACAGAUGUACCUCGUGAGGGGGCUCCUGAGUGUGUAUUCUGAUAUUCUGAGUUGUGUUUCAUCCUAACUGCUGGCACUUUAUCCUCCAAGCCUGACAUAAAGCAGCUGUGAAUUACUUGCUGUUCCGGGGUUUCAGAGAUCAGCUGUUUGAAAUAAGUUUGAUGUGUAACUCCAGUGUGUGAGCCGCUUACCUGCAUGGGACAGUAGGGGCUCUCGGUAUGACCUUUUCAAAUAGCAACAAAGUCAAAAAAAAUCAAAUCUAAUUAACAGAAUUAAAACAGAAAAACUUGGAAGGACCAAGCCAUAAGGAAAAAUUGAGUUUUGGAUCCCUUUAAAUCCGACUCACUGGGCCUUUAAGAAGAGAUUUUAAAGAAACUGAAUUGGUGUGUGUGUGAGAUGUCAUCAUUUCUGGAUGUCUCUCUGCGCUGUGCUUUGGUGUUCUGCUCUCUGUCUGAUCGUAUUUCUUCGUUGCUCCUUUGUUUUUGUCUUCUCUAACGGAUAUAUUCGGUAAAAAUCUAAAUUUAGAAAUCAGAGCUUUUGGAUGGUAUUGAAGUGUUAUUGUUUUCUGAUGAGCCUGUUCUGAGACUUUGUGCAUACAGGCUUCCUGGAUCACACUCCUCCCUGAUCGCCAGCUCAGCCCACACACACAAACACCAUCUGAUUUACAUCCAGUCAUAUUUAUGUAUGCGGAACAUUGCUCUGUGUGUGUGGGUGGUGUGUGUGGGACCUCACAGAGCUGGAUGCUGUCUGCACUCAGAGGUCUCAUGCCAUGUUCUGUUUGGAAGAAUUGAUGCUGUGUGUUACUGACGGCUGUAAAUACAAUCUGAGUUUGAUUUUUGAAUUUGACCUCAGUGCUGCACUGAUGUAACUGACUCUGCAUUGAACACACUGUACUGUAUGUUAAUGUUCCCUGGGCAGCGGGGGGCUCACCCUCUCCCUGUUAUCUGUACACACAGAGCUGCCCUGAAAGACUGUAUUAUGAAAGAAGGGGGGGGGGGGGUACCGUUAGUAAACAAGUUCCUGUUUAUUCACACAACUGUCUUACUGCGGUAUCUAUUUUUUGGGUUGGGGUGUUUCAUAAAUAAAAGUGAAAGACAAGUC